UCUAAAAAAUCGCCUACAAGUCAGAGGCAUUUUACGUGCGAGGCUACAUUUACCCCUCUCCUUCGACAUUUCACCCUCUCCGCUUUACGCAAUGUAGGCCUAUCCAUGAAGAAACAGUAAUGUGUUAAAUGUUAAAAAUACAAAUUCGCAGAAUUUCUGAUGCUGAAAGAGGACUCCGCAACUCGCGUGCACGGCUCUGGUGCGUCUGUGCAAUAGACUCUGAAAAGAAAACUAUUAAUUUACAGUUGGGAACACGUCGCUGCAAAAAGGACAUUGAAAACCUAUUUUUUCACUUUAAGACAAAUACGCUUAAAAAGCAAACUGGCUCACGUUCUUCCAAACCAACUCAGUUUGACAGCUGCUCUUCACCCCCUUUGGAGGACUGUCGGCAGCAAGAGGAUGGCAUCAGAACUGGCAAUGAGCAACUCCGACCUGCCCACCAGUCCCCUGGCCAUGGAAUAUGUUAAUGACUUCGAUCUGAUGAAGUUUGAAGUGAAAAAGGAGCCGGUGGAGCCUGAUCGCAACAUCAGCCAGUGCAGCCGCCUUAUCGCCGGGGGAUCCUUGUCUUCCACCCCGAUGAGCACGCCUUGCAGCUCGGUGCCCCCUUCUCCAAGCUUCUCGUCGCCCAGUCCGGGGUCGGGGAGCGAACAGAAGGCACACUUGGAGGAUUUCUACUGGAUGUCCGGUUAUCAACCGCAGUUGAAUCCGGAGGCGCUGGGCUUCAGCCCCGAAGACGCAGUUGAGGCGCUGAUCAACAACAGUCACCAGCUCCAGUCCUUCGAUGGCUAUCCUAGAGGGCAGCAGUUUGCCGGCGGAGCCGGAGGAGGAGGCACCAUGGGCGGGGAAGAGAUGGGCUCAGCCGCGGCGGUGGUGUCCGCAGUUAUCGCCGCCGCAGCAGCCCAGAACGGGGGGCCCCACCACCACCAUCACCACCACAACGGCGGCCACCAUCACCAAUCACCUGGGGUCUCGUCCAACGGCAGCUCCGGAGGAAACCACCCACACAUGGGACAUUUGGACGACCGGUUUUCGGACGACCAGCUGGUGGGCAUGUCGGUGCGGGAGCUCAACCGGCAGCUACGUGGAGUCAGCAAGGAAGAAGUGAUCCGGCUGAAACAGAAGAGGAGGACCCUAAAGAACAGAGGCUAUGCGCAGUCCUGCCGCUACAAGCGGGUGCAGCAGCGGCACGUCCUGGAGGGCGAGAAGACGCAGCUCGUCCAGCAAGUUGACCACCUCAAGGCGGAGAUCUCCAGGCUGGCCAGGGAGAGGGACGCAUACAAAGAAAAAUAUGAGAAGCUCAUCAGCAACGGCUUCAGAGAAAAUGGAUCCAGCAGUGACAACAACCCUUCCUCCCCGGAGUUUUUCAUGUCAUCCAGAAAAUUCCUCCAUCUGUGAACGAGAGCCUCGCCCCUCCGUGCCCUUGGCCUUGAUGUCUGAGGUAA